ACUUGUACUUUGCACUGAUCUUUGAUCAUGUCUUGUCUGUUCCUUAUGGUCUCUCACAACCACAAAUGGUUUUAGUGAUGGAGACAUACCCCUCUCCUGCUUUGAUUAAUCUAUGCCAAAAAAAAAAAAAAAGAAAAGAAAUUACCAUGUUGCUGAAUUUAUAGUUGGGAUGAGGAAGAUCUGACCAUACAAGAGUGGAAAAUUAGCCAAGUAAUGGAGGAUGGGAGCUCUACUGUGUGCGUAACAGGAGGCGCAGGUUACAUCGGUUCUUCACUUGUUAAGAAGCUUUUGAGUGAAGGGUAUACUGUUCAUGCAACUCUCAGGGAUUUGAAUGAUAGCACAAAGGUGGAAUUUUUAAGGAGCUUUUGUGGGGCAGAGGAAAGAUUGAAGUUGUUUGAAGCUAACAUAUACAAACCAGAGGAAUUUGAGGCAGCAAUUCAAGGUUGUGAGUUUGUUUUCCAUGUGGCAACCCCUCUGCUCCACACUGAGGGCUACAAGCAUACAAAUAGGGUUGAUGCAACAGUUGAUGCAGCCAGGAGCAUUGCCACUGCUUGCAUCAGAUCAAGAACGGUGAGGCGGCUCAUCUACACUGCCACUGUUAUGGCUGCUUCACCACUGAAGGAUGAUGGGAGUGGUUUCAAGGAGUUCAUGGAUGAGACCUGUUGGACACCUCUCAAUUUUUCUAUCCUUUACAGCAAUGACUUUGUUGAGGAGUACACUCGAGCAAAGACAUUGGCCGAGAAGGAAAUCUUAAGCUUUGGCAGUGAAAAAAAUGCUGGAGAAAUGGAGGUGGUGACACUGCUCUGUGGCCUUGUUGGUGGAGAAGCUCUUAUGCCAUAUUUAUCUGGAAGCUUAACGGUGUUCUUGGCACAGAUCACAAACGACGAACUUGCCCUAAACUCACUCAAGUUCUUACAAGAGCUGCUUGCAAAAAUCCCAGUUGUUCACGUUGAGGAUGUAUGCAAUUGCCACAUCUUCUGCAUGAAAGAAGCUUCAAUGAAUGGCCGAUUCCUUUGCGCCAACGGCUAUAUCUCGACUGCAGAAAUUGCCAGCUACUACCAGCAGAAAUAUCCUGAGUUCAGCAUCAAGAAAGAGUAAGUUGUGGAUAUUGCAAAGCAUUAUUGAUUUCAGAAUUCUUGUUUCCCAGCAGGCUAAGAACAAUCUGAGAAGACAUAUAUGAUUUUUGCUGUUUCCGACUUUUGACUUUCUGCAGGCACUUUGAGUGUCCUAAAUAUGAAACCAAGUGGGGGUCUAAUCUGCUUGCUGAAAAGGGUUUUCAGUAUCAAUAUGACUGGCAGAAGGUUUUGGAUGAUUGCAUCACUUUUGCCAGGAAAACUGAAUAUGGUGUAUUCAAGGAUUUUCGCUUGAUCUAGUUGUCUAGGAUUUUCUUUUCUGCCUAAUACAAGAAUAUGUUAUGUAUUGAACUUAGACUCAAUAUCAUUUUAUUUCUGAUUUCGCUGGGUAGCCUUAGAUUCUUGGGUGACCUUCGGUCGUAAUAGACGUUGUUCCAAAUUAUUCGAAACGGUUGCGACGGAUCGUUCCUACUUAGCAACGGCUUUUGUAUUACUUGUUUAGAAACCGUUUUUAAAUACGUCUGACUACCUAAAAUUAUAAUUUGAA